AUGUCCUCCACUCGGCCCGAUGGCAUCAAACGUGACAGCUUUGUCCUCUGCUUUGAUGGGACUGGGAACACCUACACCGGCGACGAAAGAGAUUCCAACGUCUUGAGAAUCUAUCGUCUGCUCGAUCGAAGCGAGCCAAAGCAAUAUUCGUGGUACAACGCAGGUCUCGGUACAUACAUCGAGGCUCCCAACACAAAUGCCGCGAGUCCUUACAACAAGGUCAAAUCCGCAUGGAUCAAGGCGAAUGAUCUCGCCUUCGGUGCGAACGUCGGGGAGCACGUCAUGGCAGGCUACAAAUUCCUCAUGAACUUCCAAACGAGGAAAGGUGGUAAGUCGAAGAAGGACAGACAAGAGACGCUUAAGCUCUACAACUUCAUGAAGGGCUUUCGCGAGACUUUCUGUCGUCCCGUCCGCCGAAUCCGCUUCAUUGGUCUCUUCGACACCGUCAACUCGGUCCCCCAAUUCGAGGUACCCUUUCUCGGUCGCAAAGCGUUCCCAUACACAGCAAAGACAAGUGCCAAGCUCAUCCGACACGCAGUCAGUAUCGACGAGCGAAGGGCUAAAUUCAGAGUAGAUCUGAUUGCAGGCAAUCCGCCGGAGAAAGAGAAGCAUCAACAGAACCGGCCAAAAUCUCAUCGUUAUCUCAGUGACCUUCCCUCCAUGUACCAACCCAAAGAUCAGCCUGACAGUGACAAGAAAGGGCUCCCUCUUUUGAAAUGGAAGCUUUUCGGGGCCUCCACCGAAGGGAAUGCAAAGGACCACGAGGCACCAGCGGCGGAAGGCGGAACCACGGCUAUCGAGCCACCAGCCACCGGCGACCGCGACAAGUUCCCCAAGCGGAACGCCGCGUUCACACCUGACAGUAAUUUAUCUGCCAGCAAUGAAAGCCUCAGUGGAAAGGGCGGGACGCAGAAGUCUGAGGUCCCCCUGAAGCGGCAUGACCUUCGUCGUCGCUUCUCAGAUCUACAUGACCCUCAGGAUGUGCUCGAGGUGUGGUUUGCGGGCAACCACAGCGACAUUGGCGGAGGCUACAGAAAGCACCGUACAGAGACGUGGCCUUGCGCCCAUCAGGCUCUUGUUUGGAUGGUACAAGAAGCACAAAAGGCCGGUCUGAUAUUCGACGAGGAAAAGCUUCUUGCACUCAAUUGUACGCCGCAGAAGUCAGAUGCCAACGGAAAGCCGGACAAGAAGCAACGUGAACGCUUUGGUGCAGCCUUGCACGCUUCUGCUACCACGGGCUUCGUUCACGAUUGUCUGCGCUACCACAAAGGCUUUUCAGGUGUUUCAGUCGCUGGCUGGAAGAUACUUGAAUGCCUCCCGUUCCGCCGCAUGGAUCUGCAGCCUGAUGGAUCCUGGAAGGCCAUCAAUUGGCCGCUACCUCGCGGCGAGGUCCGUGACAUUCCACGCGAUGCGAAAAUCCACAAUAGCGUCAUCGAACGCAUGGAGAAGAACAAGAAGUAUCGGCCCGGCAACCUGAUCAUGCUCGGUGAGGGUGGACGUGGUCAGCGUGUCGCGCCGAAAAGACUGGGCAUGGGCGAGUGGGUCAGCUUGCAAAAUGCUGGAGAUCAGGUCAAUGAGAUAUUUGUGAGCAAGGCGUGGGCAGAUGAGAAGGACUUGGUUGCUCAGCAUGGGGUGGGCCGAUGGCUUCAUCCUUUCUCUCAAGGCUAG